UAUAUUCAACUAUAUGUCACCAGCUCCAAAGUUUGAGGCGUCCGUACACCCUCCUCUUUCCAGCACUGAGAAAAUUCCGAAUCAUUUUCCUUUUUGUAGUUGUGUUUUUCACAGAUCACUGAUCGUAGCCGUUAUAGCCGGAAAUUCGAGGCAAAAGUUUCCUUUAUGCCUACAUUUUCCUUUUUUAAAUUUUUCGUAUGUUUGCUUGUUUGAAUGACGGUGAAAACGUUGAUCUGAGAUUGGAAACUCAGUUUUAGUACUAAUGCAGUGAUAGUAUGUGGUAUAGUUUGCUUAAUCUGUUAUAUCGAUGGAUGCAUGUUAAGUUGGAGCUCGAUUUUUUCGUUUUUUUCGCGGAUUGAUGAUAGUGAUGAACUGGUGAUUCUCUGUGUCAUUUUUGCCUUUGUUUUCAUCGUGGAUUGUAACCGUUCUGUUAAUUCCUCCGGUGACUAAUUUGAUCAGAUUUUUCACAUAUCACUGAUCUUAGCUGUUAGCUUGAAAUCUGAGGUAAUUUUUGUUAAAAAAUUUUUUGGUAUGUUUGCUUGUUUGAAUGACGGUGAAAAACGUUGAUCUGUAAGUGCAAACUCAGUUUCAGUACUAAUGCAGUAUUAGCAUGUGGUUUACUUUGCUUGAAAUGUUUAAUUGAUGGAUGCAUUAUAAGUUGGAGCUCGAUUUUUUUUGUUUUCUUCGCGGAUUCAUCGUAGUGCUGAUGAUUCUCUAUUUCCUAUUUUUCCUCUGUUUUCAUCGUGGAUUGUAACCACUUCUAUUAAUUUCUCCAAUGACUGUCUGAUCAGAUUUUGCUUGCUUGUUUUAUGCCUUCAUUUAAAAUUUGGAUUAAACUGGAGUCAUGAAAUUUAUGUUUGGUUUGAGAUUUUUUAUUUUGACUUUGAUAUCUAGCUCUUGGUAAUUGUAGAUGGGGAAAAGGAAAAAAACUAGAACGUAUCCUUUGAAGGAGAAAGCUCAAGUCGAAUGGACAGUCAAUAUGAGCAGAACGGCCAGAAAUUUAACAAAGGAUAAACUACGAGCUGUCAUAUUUGGAUGCAAAAAUCACACAAUCAUGAAAUGCUUAGAUAACAAUUUAUUUGGAUUACCAGAUCAUCGCCAUUCCUAUGUGAAGAAUGUGACCCCUGGCCUUACACUGUAUCUUUUUAACUAUUCUGACUGGAAGCCUCAUGGAGUGUUUGAGGCAGUUUCCAGCUGGCAGAGGAAUAUUAAUCCACCUGCAUGGGCUGACAUCGAGGGUGUUGAGAAUACACCAUACCCUUUACAGGUUUAAAAUUGAAAGAGUGAAAACUAGGAAUCACUUGCUUGCUUUAUGCAGGUAUUGUUGUAUGGGUGAUUAUGGGGAUGUGAGUCUACCAAAUUAUUGAGGAUGAUGAAAUGGUUGCUGGCUGUUUCAUUUCCAUACAUUAUUCAGUAUUGUUGGUUUAGAUGGUUGAUUGUUUUAGUUAGAUGGCAUGCUUUUCUCUUUCAGGUACGAGUCCGUCAACAGAGAAAAUGUCCUCCUUUACUUGAGGAAGACUUUAAGCCUAUAAUAGCGAGUAAUUAUUAUACAGACAGACUUUUCUGGUUUGAGCUAGACGAUGAACAGAACAGAAGAUUGCUGAAUAUAUUUUCGCCAUCACCAGAGCCUGAAAAGUUGAGAAGAUCAAGUGUGGAGAGAAGGAGGAUUCAUGUACCUCAGUUAGUUAUAAAGAUUCUCUUGGUACAGAGAAGAAGUGGAGUGAACUGUUCAGACCUUCAUCAUCUUCAUGCAAGGUGACAAAUGAGGAAGAAUUGCAAUGUCAGGAAGUAGAAUCAAAAUCUUCAAUGACAGAUUUCUUGGAUAAUGAGUGGAAGUUUGCGACGCCUUCUGGCAGAUGGAGCAAACUGCCCUCUGAACCUUUCCUCGGUGACCGCGAUCCAUGCGAUAUGAGAAGUUGGAAAGGCAGUUCUUUUGUAGAAAACAGUGUGGAGGAGAUUUGUGAACAUAAGGUUCAGCAUUUGCUGUAUCAAGAUUCGCAAUGCGAAGAUUCAGACCGUGCUAAUAAGCCCAAUAUGACACAGGAAUCUUCUGAAAACAAUGAUUUUUCUGAUGAAGAGGUUGUAUAUGAACCCUCAGAACUUAAGGAAAGAGAUGAUACCAAGGAGAUAGCAACACCUGGAACUGAUUUGCUGAUGAUAGAAAACUGUGAGAGAAAUCAAGAUCAUUUGAACUUGACAGAGAAACGCUUUCAAGAGGACAAGAAUGAUAUGUCUGCAGUGGUGCAAAGAGAUGCACAAUCUUCUGAGUAUGUGAUCACUAAAAGUUAAUGCACGAAGUGGGAGUCUUGAAGCUAUCCCAGGUGAAACAAAGGCUGCGAAUUGAGAAUCUGGAGCAUGAAUUGGUCCACUCCAAAGUCGAAAUUGAUCAACUAAAGAGUGGUAGUAAGUUCGGUAAUGUGUUGGCCUCUACCAGAGAUAACUGCAAGGGAGAAGACAGUGCGUCCUCAAAUCUUAAGCCCGAGAAGGUAUUCAUCUUUGGGGGAUUUGACGGAUGCUCGUGGCUUUCGGAUUUGAGUUUGUAUUCUCCAUCCAAGGAUCAUGCCCAAUGACCUUUACUCGAUCUCACACCUCGCUAGCAAAGUUGAAUGGUGAGCUUUACGUCUUUGGUGGUUCUCACGAUGGUGUGUGGUACGACACAGUUGAAUCUUAUGAUCCCUUCAAUAAUCGAUGGAUCCAGCGGCCUUGUUUGAAUAGGAAAAAAGGAUCUAUGGCUGGAGCAUCCAUGUAUGACACAAUAUUUACACUCGGUGGUGGCAAUGGAGUUGAAUUCUUCUCAGAGGUGGAAUUAUUUGAUCUACACAUUGGCAGUUGGUUGUCCACUGAACCCAUGCUUGAAAAGCGUUCUGCUGCCGCCGAUCUAAAUGGUGCUCUCUAUGUUGGUGGAGGUUAUGAUGGAAGAGAUUAUCUUAGAUAUGCUUUAGGUGGUUAUGAUGGAGAUACAAUGGUGUCAAGUGUCGAGGUUUUUGAUCCACGUAUUGAUUCGUGGAUGAUGGUGGAACCGAUGAAAGCUUCAAGGGGAUGCUUUGGCUCAUUCGUCCUUGGGGGAAGAAUAUACGUUACUGGUGGUUUGCAGGACACUCAAGUUUUAGACCAGGCACGUGAAACCAACGAGGGGCAUUAAAGUCAUUUACACCCGUACCAAAACCACAGUUUCAGAACUUUGGCGCAAAAUCUCUGCAGCAUUUAUCAAAGCACUCUGCACACCAACUACUAAUUCACCGU